AUGGUCGAAGAUCAGUUCCCUUCACAUCAACUGAUCCCCAAGGAUAUUGUUAAACAGGUAAGUAUAAAUUUGGCUACAUUAAACUACUAAUCUUUCAAAUAUAUUGAGUUAAACGUAAACCACCUAUGAUAAUAUUCCUUAUCUCAAUUUUUUCACUUUUUAGCCAGAAUUCUUGGCCAAACAUCCGGAAUUCGAUGGGCGUGGCACUGUAAUUGCAAUCUUGGACAUGGGAGUGGACUUGGCAGCACCUGGACUACAAACAACAUCCACAGGUUUGCCCAAAAUCAUCGACGCCGUCAACUUUACGGGCGCUGGAGAUGUGAUAACGACAGAAAUCAGGAAACCAAAUGAAAACGGGGAAAUUAUUGGAUUGACUGGUCGCAAAUUAAAAGUGAGAAGGUUUUUAGAUAUGAUUUGUUAGUUUACUAGGCGAAUUUGAGGUUUCAUGAGGUGUUAUAUUGUGGUGAACACAUUAGUGGGUAGUGUAAUAUAGGAAAACUGUUGUAACUUGAGGGAAAGUAAAGGUAGUUGUAUAAAAAUUGGUUUUAAACUAUGGUAUAUUUUAGAUAACAAGUGAACAUAGAUUUGGAUUUAUUCUUUUACGGUCUGCGCGAAAAUUCGGUCAUUUGGUAUUGUGUUAGAUGGUCUUGACGGUUUUUGACGCAACUUUUUUUAAGUUCAAUGAAAUUAAAUAAAAAUUUGUGUAAAGCUUUUCAAUACUGUUGUUAACAAGUGUAGUAAAUUUCAGAAUUUUUGAAAAAAGAAAAACUUAUGUGUUGUCGAAUUUUAUAUUGUUUUAGGCAGUUUUGGAGCGAUUUUGCUAUUUUUGAUGUAUCUUUUCUUAAUUUUAAUGAGAUAAAACAGAAAUUUGUGAAAAGUUUCUCAAUACUAUGGUUAACAAGAAGGUUAAAUUUCAGAACUUUUAAAUCGAAAAAGUAAAGCUUUUUGAGAUUUUAUAUUGUUUUAGGCAGAUUUAAACCUAAAAUAACAUGUUUUGGCACCAAAAAUGUGAAAUACAGCGAUUGUUUUUGUAAAAUACGGCCAUUAUUAUCAUGCUAUUAUAUUCCAGGUUUUAUCUACAUGGAAGAAUCCUUCAAACGAAUACAGAUUAGGCCUAAAACGACUCUUCGAACUAUAUCCACAAGAACUUCAAUGUCGGAUCAAAGAAUCACGUCGAGACAGGAAUGUAACACAAGAACACGCUCCAUUAAUAUCAGAUAAUCUGAAAAAGCUCAAUGAUCAUAUCAUAUCAGUUGGUCAGACUUCGAAGAAUUUGACCGACAAAUGGAAACGAAAAGAUUUGGAGUUUCAAUUGGAAUAUCCGAGGAGCUUUGUUAAUAAAAUGGAUUCUGGUCCAGUUUUGGACUGUAUUGUUUGGCAUGAUGGAGAUAAAUGGGUGUAAGUUAAAGGUCUUUGUUGUGGAAAGAAAGUUUUUGCGAUUUGAUGGGUUGGAAAGAAUGUUUUUGCUGUUUUUUGGGGAUUUAAAGGAGAUUUUUGGGCUUCAAAUGGUUGAUUUUGCCUGUUUUUGGGCCUGGAAAGCUUGUUUUAGCUUGUCAUUUGCUUUGUAAAGAAAGUUCUUGCAGCUUUUUAAUAAAAAAUAUUUUAGCGCAUGUUUGGACAAUACUUUUAAUGGCAAUUUGAGCGAAUGUACAGUCAUGACUGACUUCAAAACUUCACGACAAUGGGGUUAUAUCACCCCUGAAGGUAUGUUUUUUCAAUUUUUAUCUUUUUUUUGAAAAAAUCGACGGAAAACUGGUCAAUAAUAGAAAAAUAUGAUCUUAUCUGAUGUUAGCAUGAUAUUUAAACUCAGUGUUUUAAGUUAAAAUUGAUUAUUCGGCCAAAAAACAUGAUUAAUGACUAAUAUUACCCUUUCCAGACAGCCUAACCUACUGUUUGGCAAUAAGAAAUAAUGGAAAUUUGUUGGAAAUUACCACGCCCUCUGGCUCUCAUGGCACUCACUGUGCUCACAUUGCCGCAGCUUAUUACCCAGAUCAGCCAGAAUGCAGUGGACUAGCCCCGGGGGCACAGAUUGUAUCGAUUGUGAUUGGUGAUCAUAGAAACAAAGGCAGAUCACUGGGUCAAAGUGUUAGCCGAGCGGUAAGUUGAAGCACUUUUUGAGGGUUUUUGGUCGAAGUAGUGGGUUUUUGGUCGAUUUAGAGUUGGGUCUGAUCAUUUUUUGUUAACUUUUAAUGUAAUGUUAACUUUAAAAAAUUUGAGGGGGGGGGGGGGAAUGUUUUAGAGAAAGAGGGGAGGGGGAAGGGUUAGUUUUUUGUAAAUAGGUGUAAAAUGCAUUUCUAGAAGCUUAAGAAAUCUUAAAGUUAAGAAAAGUGUUCGAAGUUGAGGUUUGGCACAGUUUGCUAAAAUGGCGCGAAAUUUAAAAUUUGAAUUUUCGAGUGGGUUUUUAUGGCCUUAUUAUAAGGUAAAAUUUUGAAAACAGUUUUUUAAUAGUACGGUUUUGCAUUUUACAGCAUUUUUUCAAAUUUUGGGUUUUUGAGACACUAUGCCAAAAAUGGCGCGAAAUUUAAAAUUUGAAUUUUCGAGUGUGUUUUUAUGACCAUAUUAUAAGCUAAAAUUUUAAAAAAUGGAUUUUCAUAAUAUAAUUAAACAUUGUGAAACAGUUUUUUUUUAAUUUUGGGCUUUUGAAACACUAUGCCAAAAAUGGCGCGAAAUUUAAAAUUUGAAAUUUUAAGGGUUUUCAUUGCCAUAUUAUAGGUUAAAAUUUUAAAAAAUGUUUUUUAAUAGUAUGAUUCUGCAUUUUGCAACAGUUUUUCAAGUUUUGGAUUCUUAAGACACUAUGCCAAAAAGGGCGCGAAAUCUAAAAUUUGAAUUUUGAAAGUUGGGCUACUGUAAAUAUGUUUAAUAAAAUUACGGGAACGUUCUUCAAAAGUACUACAACAUUUGUCUGACGUCAAUAUUCGACCAAUUUCAGAUCAACUACUGUGCCGAAAUCGGCGUAGAUCUAGUGAACUUCUCCUACGGCUCAGCCCAUUCGAAAGUUUACCCGACUGGCACACUCUUGUCUUACCUAAACAAACUAGUCAACGACUAUGGAAUUCCAUUCUUUGCGUCUGCAGGCAACGAAGGACCAGCCUUAUCCAGUGUUACUGAUCCAGCCGCCCAAACCUCGGCUAUUUUCUCGGUCGGAGCGGUUUUGCCUGAGGAAGCGGCCGAAGUACUGUAUGGUACUAUGGAGAAACGACAAACUCACAUGCUACACUUUUCUUCCAGAGGUCCUACGUGAGUUUUUGCUUUGAAAAAUUUGAGUUUUUUUAAAAUUUGAUGGUCUUGAAUUUUUAGGUAACAAUUAUUUGAUUUUUUGGUAUUUUAGGUAAGAUUUUGCGAAUUUUUGAAAACUUUUUGAAAUUUUAAGUAAUACUACUAAUAUAAACCCUUUGAUAAUAUGAAAAAAAAAAUGUUUCAGAUUUAAAAAAAUAUUUUAGGUAACAAAAUUUUUAUUAUAGAUUUCAGAUAAUUUUUGGAUUUUAAGUAACAAAAAGGUCUAAAGUCAUUUUUUAGUGUUAUAUUUUCAAAAAAGUAAUUUUUUUAUUUUCAGUUCCGAUGGAGGCCUAGGCUUGAACUUCUCCGCUCCAGGCGCAGCCUACGCCGGAAUGCCAUCCUAUUCACUAAACGCCGCAGAACUGAAAAACGGCACUUCAAUGGCGGCUCCAAACGCAGCAGGCUGUGCAGCAUGUCUUCUCACAGCAGCCAAGGCACAUAACAUUAAAAUGUCACCCCUCAAAUUGAAAUUGGCACUCGAAAACUCGGCCAAAAUCCCGGAAAAUUCGGAAAAAUUGACGAAACUGGACUAUGGACACGGAAUUCUUGACCUAGAAGCGGCGUACGAUGUGCUACAGAAACUGCAUUUACCCGCGGAACUAUCGGCUUUUACAAUCACGGUGGGACAUGUGUCUAUGGGUGGUAGUGAUCAAGAAAAGAGGGGUAUCUACAUUAGGGACCCAUAUCAACUGAAGAAUAACUUUGACUACAAGGUUUGGGUGGAACCGUAUUUUAAGAAUAGUCAAGGUAAGGAGGAGGUAUUUUAAAGUUGUUUUUUGGGUUGGAAAAAAAUUGUUAUUUUAUGGGUUAAUUUGCAUAAAUUUGGAAGAAAAAUUUUUUUUUGUUUUACAAGCUCUUAUUUUUGAAAUUUCGAAAAAAAAAUUUUUGAGUUUUGAAAAAAAGCUUUUUAGGCAUGUUAGUUAGGACUAUUUUAACAUGUUUGCAAAAGGAAUGAGGUAUUUAUCAUUAAUGUGGCAAAAGUUAUGACAAUUUGAAAUUAAAAAAAAAUUUUUUUUGGUUUUUUCGAUAAUUUUUAAAUGAAAUGAGGGCAAACGUACACAAAUAUGAGAGGUAGGAUCAAUUUUAAGUCAUUUAACGAAAGAAUCGGGCAUUUGCCAUCAUUUUGAACAAAGUUAUGACAAUUUGAAAUUUUUCGAAAUUUUUGAAAAAUUUAUGAGGAUUUGAAAUUUUUUGAUUGGAACACAAGCUAGGGUUGAUAAUGAGCUGUUUAUUAAAAAAUUAACUUAUAUUAUUAAUUUUAACUGAAAUUAUGGCUAUUUGAAAUUUUUCGAAAUUAUCGAAAAUUUUUUUUUUAAUUUUUAAGUAAAACAUAGUUUUAUCAUUUUAAAAUUUAAACUAAAAUUUGAAAUUGCAGUAGAAAACACAACAAAGAUCAAUUUCCAACGACACGUUCGCCUAGAAUCGACCGUUCCAUACCUAAAACAUGCCAAGAACAUCCUCCUAACCAACAAUUGUUCAUGCUUCCAAGUACGAGUAGACCCAAAGAACCUAGAAGCUGGCAAAGUUCAUUAUUCAGAGAUUCUAGCCUAUGAGGUUGAUCCAAAAACUAAGUUAACAUCCACUGCCGGACCAAUCUUUCGUGUCCCAGUCACGGUAAUCAAGCCGAUCGAACUGGACGAGGGCUCAAAUCUGAUGAAGACCAACAUGAACUUGACUGCCGGACAACCAGAGCGAUUGUUCAUCAAAUGCCCACCACAUUCUACCGAAGUCAACGUCAAAGUGCGGUCGACGGACCCGUUUUCGACCACCAAAGUCUAUUUGAACUUUGCUCAAAAGGUGGCGGCUCAGGAUGAUUAUACGGUAAGAGUAGUAUAAAUACAAGCUGUUGGUAUAAUAUGGUCAUAAAGGGUAGUAUUAGGUUGUUCAAAUAAUUCUGAGCUUCUUCUCAAAUCAAAUCGGGGUCAGGUGGCUCAAACUUAUUUGAACAACCUAAUACGAAUAGAAUUGUUUAGUCUAGUAGCAUACAGUUAGAAGUUUAUUAUCGUAUUUUACUAGAGUAUAAACUGUUAUUUUUAUAUUAUAGUAGAAUAGCUUAAAUAUGGUGAACGAUUUCGGUCCCACCACGAAAGUUUUUCUGCAAAGAAGUAAAGUUAGAAGUGAAAUAUAGGAUUUGUAUAACAUAACGAACGAUAAAAGAAUAUUAGUUUUGGAUUUGAAGGCUAUUUAUUGAAAAUCAGGGUUUUCGUGGUGGGACCAAAUCGACUUUCAAAUGUCAUUUUUAAUUUUGAAAAACUGGAUGAAAUUGAACUUUUUAGACAUAUUAAAGACGUUUUAGGGCAUUUAUUUGAUUUUUGUAAGGGUUUAAAAGGUCCAGGGUUAUCGUGGUGGGAUCAAAUCGAUUUUGAAAUGGUUUUUUAAUUUUGAAAAAAAUUUUAAAAUUUUACUAUGUAUGACAUUUUGAAGAUGCUACAACACUAUAAUGAUGAUUUAGUGUUUAUGAAGUCUAAAAAAGCUAAAGGAUGAAUAUACCUACUACAAUAUUUCAGUUAUACACCCUGGAACCAAAGGCGGAAUUGAAGGUAACCAAAUGGGCUGGUCCUCGUGGUUCCUUGGAGUUUUGUGCUGUCCUCGAUUGGUCAAACUUUGACACAGAAGCUACAAUCGACGUAGAAUUCGAAUUUUUGGGUUACUACGGAAAUCUGGGAGAUAUGGUAAGGUUUUGCUGAUUUUUUGAGGUUUUUAGGUAACAAGUUUAGACGAAAUUGGUUUUUUUUUGGUUGGAAAGAAAGUUUUUGAGGUUUUUAGGUGAUAAAAGCAGGAAGAAUGGCGUUUAUUAGACUUGGCAAGAAGAUUUUUGAAAUUUUUAGGUAACAAAAAAGUUUAAAACUGCCAUUUUAAGGAUAGAGCGGCAAGGUAUUUUAAGUAAUAAAAAACUCACGUUUCUUUGUAUUUUACUGUAGUAACCCAUUUUACUUCGUAUUUUACUUACAGUACACCGCCUCGGCCGUCGGCGAACUAUCCCUCUACAAUGACAUUUGUCCAUUGACCUUCAGCCCUACAGUAUCCUAUAACUGGGUGAAACGACACGAAUUACCGAAGAAUUUCGAAAUAGAACCCCUGGACGAACGAGUCUACUUCAUGGACAAUGUCAAGAUGUACGGUCUCUACCUGACCUACAAGGUUACUGUAGAUGCAUGUGCUACCCACAGAUUUGCCCUACCCGGAGUAGCUGAUCAUUACUAUGGUAAUGAAAUUGAAUGUCUAUCACUUCAACUUUUCGACCACCAAAGAUUCAUUCAACCGACCAGUGGCAAAGAGUACCAAAACCUGGACAAAGGCGACUACAGGUUGGUGGUACAGAUGCGACACAAAGAUACCACCUUCCUCGAGAAGUUUACCGCAGUAGCAUUGGAGAUCAAAAGCAAAAUCAAGCCAGUCAACCUCAGCCUAUAUUCGAGCUACAGUGAUGCCCAGCGAAGACGCAACUCCAGUCCAACCGUAUCGAUCCGACCAGGCCAGUCCAAGAAGCUGUGGUACAAUGGAAUGAUAACAGAAAGCUUACCGAACUGGGUGAAGGCAGGCGAUUGUCUGGUAGGAAACAUGUCGUUAAGGCCACAAGAUCUGGGACAAACUGUGUACAUGCAUAUCAGCUCCUUCCCCAAGGCCAAUAUGAACAAAACUGGCAGAAUCGUGGAGCUGAAAGGAAAGAAGGAGGAGGAGAAGACGGCUGAAGACAAGUUCAAAGGUAAGAAGUUGGUGUAAAUUAUCUUAUAAUAGCUCGAAAAAUGGCUUAUUCUUGAGUAUAUGUCCAAAAAGAGCAAUUUUUGGUUGAAAUAUAGCGUUAAAAAAGCAUUUUAUAGCAGUAAAAGCUCAAAAAUUGCCUUUUCUUGGUUAGCGUACGGCCAUAUAUGGAAUGAAAGUGGCAUGUUUUAGUCUAAAGCUCAAAAAUGGUCGAUUUUGGCCAAAAUUUGAAAAUUUGGUGUCGAAAUGACGUUUUGUAGCAAUAAAAUCUUUAAAGUAGGAUUUUUUGAUAAAGCUAUGAUCUUAUGUUGGUUGAAAUGGGCAUUUUUUAGUCUUGAAAUCUCAAAAGUAGUUGUUGUAAGUUGAAAUUUAGUGUUAAAAUCACAUUGUAUAGCUAUAAAAGCUCAAAAGUUGUUGUUUUUCGAUAAGAGUAUAAGGUUAAAGUGGCGUUUUUCAGACAAAAAAGCUCAAAACUAGCCGUUUUUGGCUAAAAUUUAGUUUUAAAAUGGCGUAUUAUUGUUAAAAAAAAAGCUCAAAAAAUUGCCUUCUAUUGGUAAAGGUAUAGAUUGUUUUUUUGUCUUGAAAGCUCAAAAUUUUCCUUUUUUGAGUAAUUUUUCUAGUUUUUAAAAUUUUUUUAGGUAAACAUUGAGCAUACUAUUACAUUAUUUUACUGAAACUAUUCUUUUAAUAAUUUUAUUAUUUAUUACUCAUAUUCGUGUUACAAUCACUGGUUAAAUAUCACACGUAAAUAACAAUGACUUGAAAACCACCUUGGUAUAUACAUCUAUAAGGUUCAAUUGAACUAUUAACAAUAAUUUUACAGUAGUUUUGCGAUUAAAAAAUGAGCAUCUCGUUGCCAUCUGCAGUUAGAUGAAGGUUCCAUCUUUGUUCUUCAGCCAAAAACCUAUUAGGAUAGAAUGGCAAGGCGUCGACUUUAGAGUGAAUUAAUGGAUGUUGCUUUCCUUUUUUUACUGGUCGUGGCACAAAAGGCUUGGCAUUCACAUUCAUGUGUGCGGGAAAGAAUGGCGUAGACUUUCAGUAUAAAAAACAAGGUCAUUAUUAAACAAAACGGUCCAUUAGGCCCGACUUUUUAUAGGUCUAGUGAUUAUACAAGAACAUACAAACAUAAAAUCAUAGUAAAAUACGAAACAUAUGAACAAUAAGUACAGUGAAACACCUGUAUAACGAAAACAUUUAAAUCAUAUUUAAUAACGAUUUGUCAUACUGGAGUUCUACUGUAGUAAAAUACGAAAGAUUUAACAAAAAGAAGUAUUUGCGAGCUAAAAAACUUGAGCCACCUACUCUGAACGGAAGUGUUGAGUUGACUGAUUUUGUCGAUGCACGAUCCAACGAUUUAUAGAAAAAUUGAGCACAAAUAUCGCAAAUCUGUAGAAAACUUUAUUCCUCUUAGUAUCUACGAACUUAUGCUAUUGCGCAAUAGCAUAAGUUUUGAUGCUCGCCGCAGGGUCAAAGAGAACUUAAAGAUUAGAUACUUUGACCCUUAAGGAUCGAAGUUUAUGUUUUUUAUCGGUUUUAUCUACCGAUUUUGCUAUGUUGAGAUGCGAACUCAUAUGCAUGUUUUACAUUUUUUUUAAUUUUAAAAGCAGUUAACAAAGAUAUAGACAAAAGAUGCAAAUUCUCGACUGACGAGGUUUGGCUUGCACUUUUGGAAAGAGUUUAUGAGUACUAGUACUGUACUAUUGAAUAAAGUCUAAAACGGUGGUCGGAAGGGGAUUAAGCGAGGUGUUACGAUGAAUGUGAGGAAGAUUAGAAGCAUAGGCGACAAGAUAUAGAAAGAACUAGUAUAUUGUUUAAUUAUGGAUGAAACCUUUAUUUUUUAGGUAUAAACUGACUUUUUGAAACUUUUCAGGUCUAAAUAAGUAAGUAUUUCGAACUGAGAUCAGGCCAGAAAAUGUCUUUUAUUAGUAAUUUUUCUAUAAAAAACUUAUGUUUACAUUAAUAUUCAACUUGAAAAUACCAAUGUUCAAUUUUAGAAGCGAUGAGAGACUUCCAAAUCACCCAAAUGAAAGAGACCAAGGACGAAAAGAUUGCCACUUCUCUAUACCAGCAACUCAUAAAACAAUAUCCAGAGAAUGUGAAGGUACUAUCAGCUCGACUGUCCUUACUGUACAAUGAAAAGACGCGAAAUGUCAAGGAAAUAUACGAAAUGUCACAAAAAAUCAUCGAAUUCGUUGGGGUAGAUGUGGUACUACAACAUAGUGGCAAUCGAAAUCAGAAGGACAUUGACAUGAUCGAUAACAAAAAGUAGGUUUAUAUUGGAGGUAUAUUGUACUGGGGGUGGAUAUGAGGGUUUUAUAUUGAAUUAGGCGUAGAUUUGGUGGAUUUAUAUUGAAGUGGGGGAGGUUAUGGUGUUGACAUUGAAUUAGGGGUGGAUUUAGUGGAGAAAGGUAAUAUUAUUGGUAUUUAGCGGGUGUUUUGAACUGGAAAGAAAGUCUGCGAUUUUAUGAUUUGGAAAGAAAGUUUUUGCAAUUUUUUGUUUUGUAAAGAAAGUUUUUGCAAUUUUUUAAUCUGUAAAGAAAGUUUUUGCCAUUUUUUGUUUUGGAAAGAAAGUUUUUGUCGUUUUGUUCAUCAUAUACCCUUUUUAUCGAUCAAUUUGUAAAAUUUGUUACCUAAAACAAUAUAAAUUUCAGCUCAAUCAACGAAAAACGUCAACAACUGGAAGAAGCAUACAGAAUCCUUGCCGACACUCUAUUAGACGAUUAUCUGGCCAAAAACGUGGAUAAUAUCCCAUCAGCCUUCAAAAAUCAAUUCAAACUGACAUUUGAUAAUGGAUACCUCGAGAAGACGGAGCAACUCGAAGGAAGUUGGCUAGGCUGGACUAGAAAGCAUCUAUCACAAGGCUGUUUAAAGGAAACGGUCGCUGAAGUCAAAGAAGAAACAGAAAUAAAGGAAGAAAAAGAAGAAGGGAAGGAAGAAAAGGAAGUGGAUUCAGAUGCACAGUCAGAGAACGAAGCUGAAGCUGAUAAGGAAGGCAAUUCGAGUGGAGAAGAAGAGUCGGUAAGGGUUCUGAAGAUUUUUUACAUUCAAGAGUUUUUUUUUGAAUUUUAAAAUGUCUACUUAAGAUUCUGAAGGCAUUUAUAGUGGUGAUUUGAAGUUUUGGGAUGUUGGCUUGAAUUUCAGGAUUUUUGUGGUGGUACCAAAAUGAGGUUAUGCGUUUUGGUUUUUUUGGGGUUAGACUUCAUUUUUAAGGGUUUGGAACUCAAAAUUGGCAAUUGUUGGCGUUUUCCUUGAAAAUCAGGGUUUUCGUGUUGGGACCAAGUUGGGGUCAUAAUUUAGCUUAUUAUAUGAAAUAUUUUGGAUUUGAAAAAAAAUGAGUUAACUUCACUUUGUUAUUUGUUGCUUCAUAUUAUUUGUUACAAAAGGUGGUUCUAAAUUAAUUUUCCUGAAAAUCAGGGUUUUCGUGGUGGGACCAAAAUGAACUUGUAAUGUUAAAGUCAUAUUGCUAAUUGUAAUAAAAUUUGUACUUGUGCUGUCAUACAAUAUGUAUUUGAUUAGUUUUUAAGAAUUUUUAAUUUGCAGGCCGACGAAGGGAUUGAAAUGAGACCUCUGAAACCAUCAACAUCAUCAAUAUCAUCCCAAGAAGACCUACUCUCCGAAUCCAGAAUCACAACCAAGGAUUCUGGAGUCGAACUAUGUGAACUGAGUCAAGGAAGCUCGACAGUAUCACUGGCAAUCGUUGAACCAUCUAAAAAUCAAGUUAUAGCAGAGAAGGGGGAUAUUAACCAUGUUGUAGUAGGUGAUCUGGUAGAUGAAAAGUCAUCAAACUCCGAGCUGAAGGUGACACUAGAGCUGAUAGGCCAAGUUAUGACAGAAUUUGGCCGAAUCUCGCACAUGACAACGAAUGAGGUCCGGAUUCUGAAGGUGAAGCAGUUCCUGUGUCAUGGACUGAAGGGAUUGGCACUGAAGAAGUUGAUCAAGGUCACCAAUCAGAAGGAGGCCGUGGGCGUGUGGAAGGUCAUGUUUGAGGUGGGUGAGGUGGUUUUGGGGGUUUUUUGGGAUUUUAAAAUUGAAAAAUGAAAAAAAAAAUUUUUUUGAAAAUUGUGAAAUUUUUAGCUUGUUCAAAAAACUUUGAGCUACUCUUCAAAGCAAAUUUUUGGAGUUGGGGUCUUAGAAUUAUUUGAACAAUAUAAUAAUUUUUUUUUAAAUUUCGAAUUUUUUGAAAUUUAGGUAUUAAAAUACUGAUUUUCAAAUUUUUUAGCUAGCCGAUCAACUUGGAUGGACCUUGAUUUCCGAAAGGUACCGUGACUUCUACCUCUCCAGGUACUGUAUUCCAAACAGAGCCUUCUAA